GCAGGCUUUGGCUGUUUUCCUAGCGCUCCCUCAAAAGAGGGCAGGAGAGGAGAUAGGGGCAGAAAACUGGCUUGCCGCAUAAGAGCAUGGGACUCUUGGAGCCGGGGUCUUGAGUCAAGGGCUUACCGGCUGUGCCACCUGGGCUCUUCAUUAUCCUGGAAAAGGCCUGAAUACGAGGGAACGAAAAAAGGUGCAGUUUGCAGGCUGUAAAGUGGGACCUACUUAGUAACAAACAGUGCUGACUCUAGGUCAGGUGUUGUCGCCAGCUUUACGUUUAAAUCAUGUGACACUGUGAGCCUGGCAUUUCCAAUUCUUAAGAGGUGUAAAUUUGUUGCACAGCAGUCUGGCUGUGGGAGGUCCGUGUAGUUUUAGAGUCGGUGCUCUUACUCAACAUGCUGUGCCGCCUCCUAUUGUUGUUAACGGGCAUCAAGCGACACAUUUCCUAAUCUGAAAUAAGGGGCGUUCUGUUAUUUCCCAGGGCGCUUUCAAAUGUAACAAUAAGUAACACAAGGAUGGAUGGCCCGCUAAAGUUUCACUUUCGCUCUUGCCAGAUUUAGAAGAGUCUGGAGAGUGGAAUACUAUCAGGAUGUGAAAUAUGGAAAGUGAAAGUGGUAUAAAUAAGGACAUUAGACGAUCUUCCUAGGCCCGGGUGGUUAACAGAGGCGCCACAUCACUUCAAAUCAUAUAUUGAAUAAGUAACAGUCCGCUUUGUUCAAUCCCUGAUCCACAAUCCUUCCUCUUCCUGUAUGGAUUUGAAAGCUCUCCUUUCCUCCUUGAAUGACUUUGCAUCCCUCUCAUUUGCUGAGAGUUGGGACAAUGUUGGAUUACUGGUGGAACCAAGCCCACCACACACUGUAAACACACUCUUCCUGACCAAUGACUUGACUGAAGAAGUGAUGGAGGAGGCGCUGCAAAAGAAGGCUGAUUUCAUUCUCUCCUACCAUCCGCCUAUUUUCCGACCCAUGAAGCGCAUAACCUGGAAAACCUGGAAGGAGCGCCUGGUGAUCCGGGCUCUGGAGAACAGAGUCGCUGUUUACUCUCCUCACACAGCCUAUGAUGCCGCACCCCAGGGAGUCAACAACUGGCUGGCUAAAGGGCUUGGAGUUUGCACCUCGAGGCCCAUACUUCCUUCCAAAGCACUUAACUACCCAACAGAGGGAACACAUAGAGUAGAAUUUAAUGUUGACCACACCCAAGACCUGGACAAAGUCAUUGCUACAGUGAAAGGAAUUUCAGGUGUUUCUGUCACCUCUUUUUCUGCUAGGACUGAUGAUGAAGAACAAACACGGAUCAGUUUGAAUUGUAGUCAGCAGGCACUGGUGCAGGUGGUGGCUUUUCUUUCCCAGAACAGUGAACUUUAUCAGAAGACUGAAAUUCUGUCACUGGAAAAGCCUCUACUUCUGCACACUGGAAUGGGACGGUUAUGCACACUGGAUGAACCUGUCUCCUUGGCAACCAUGAUUGAGCGAAUCAAAAGGCACCUAAAACUGGCACAUAUUCGCCUUGCUCUUGGGGUAGGGAGGACCUUAGCAUCCCAAGUCAAAGUUGUGGCUCUGUGUGCUGGUUCUGGGAGCAGUGUUCUGCAGGGGGCAGAAGCCGACCUUUACUUCACAGGUGAGAUGUCCCAUCAUGACAUUUUAGAUGUUGCUUCCCAAGGAAUAAAUGUUAUCCUCUGUGAACAUAGCAACACUGAACGAGGCUUUCUUUCUGAUCUUCAAGAUAUGCUGAGUGCUCAUUUGGAGAAUAAGGUUAAGAUUAUCCUGUCUGAAAUAGACAGAGACCCUCUUCAGGUGGUAUAAUGCAUACAGGAACAGAAUGACAAUCUACAGAUCAUCUCACUCCCAAUUCAAAUGCACAACAUGUAUCAGUACUUUGUAUCCUUCUGGAAGAACAUUUUAGAAUAUAUAUUGUCAUUUCUGGUUUGUUAAUUUUCACCAAAUGUUCUAUGGUUUUUAGGGUAAAAACUAUAAUGUAAUGUCAUUAAAGUACAAAUAUUCAUUAUGAAGAACAAAAUAAAGGAUCUGCUCAUGUACUGAUAUGCCAGGGAUUUGGAGAAAGCAGCCCAGGAGUUCCGGCAACAGUGGAGACAUGGGUAGAAACGCUUUACUUCCUUGCACAACCAAAAGAACAACAACAAAUUUAAA